AUGGAUUUACAUUCGAUUCGAAUCAGACAUGGUUGGCAACCGACAAACAUGGUAUGUCCGUGCACUUCGGCCGCUGAGGGAGUCCCUUGCGCCCAUUCACUCAUUGGACAUUCAGACGCGCUUUCUUACAUCGAUGUUACAAAAGACGUGGCUCGCGCCUCCGCCGGCAUUGUGCAGUCUCCAGGUCAACCAAACGAGUCAUGGUCUAAAGGCGGCACACCAGAUCAUACACAUGAAGGUCGAGAGCAAGCGCAAGGAGCUCCUUUCAAUUUUGACCAAGCAGCACCCGAAGAGCCAGUGGAUUCUCCGACCCAGGAUUCGGACCACCAAACAAUCGAAAACCAACAGCCCAGCCAUGAGGGGCAGUCUCUGCCCGGACGCAUGGGAGGAGAUCUGGUUGACGAAAUCACAGUAUCAUCAAGUUUGAUGCAAACCCGGCCUGUCGAGCAGACCCGCUCCCCAUCGACUAUCUCAAACAAUGAGCAGUCCCUCUCAGCUAAGUCUCAAGCUCAAAUACGGAGUCCGGCAUUAACUACGCAUAGUCUCACCUCAGGCGGGCAAUCCAUUCUCGACGCACCAUAUCCCUCUUACGCUUUCCCCUCACCGUAUUAUGCUUCUCCCGAUGCUUUACACGGUCUGCCAGAGAAAGCAACCCAUCAGGCAUACACAAAUCUUCAGGAGGCUUGCCUGGUCAAACAUUUUAUCAACAAGCUGGCACAUGCGUUCGAAACAACAGACCGGGACCGCCAUUUCUCCCUCGUGAUCCCUCAACGUGCCAUGUUCUGCCCAGUGCUUUUAUAUGCAAUACUAACUGCGUCUGCACGCCACUUAACUCGGCUGCAUUCUGCACUUAGUGACAAGCCCGUCGAAUUUGAAGGUACCCCUCUGCCGGACCUCAACGAAAAUUCGGCAAUAGAAUAUCACAACAUCUGCAUUUCUUAUUUGAUGGAGGUAUUGAAUGAUCCGAAGAAGACGAUCAACCAGGAUGCGCUGAUUGCUGCAACAAUCCUCAGAUUUCACGAGCAAAUCGAUACUCCAUUAACCGGCUGGGAUUCGGAGACAUAUUUAAGCGUCCUCCGAGGAGUCAUCGAGUCGCAGCAAAACGAAUCCUUUUAUUCCCUGCGCACUAUUCACGGUCCUCCCAGAGAUUGCGAUAUAUACGCCUCGAACAAUGCGUCGCUGGCUCAUUCUGCCUGCUUGAUUGCCCUUCGCCAGGAGAUCUGGUCUGUUUUGCUCUAUCGUAGACCAUUCCGCCUCCCACUCUGCCCAGACAACGACUACUCGAAUCUGGACCCAGCAACGGACGAUUAUACAUGGACAAACCGAAUUUUGAUCUGGUGCGCCGAUGUUUGCAAAUUCGCGUUUGGCGGGGAAGCUAGCAUUAUCGAGACAAGUAGCCGCGUUGAAAGGUGGAAGCGUCUCAAAGUCGUGCAAGACAAGUGGGAUUCGGUGCAGCCAGCGUGCUUCAAGCCUCUUUACUACCGAGAAGCGGAGCCCUCGAGGGGCAAGUAUUUCCCAGAGGAAUGGCACAUGAAUGACUGCCAGGUGCUAGGACUCCAGCACUUCGAAUUGGCGCGAAUGGUGCUUGCUGCGUAUGAUCCGGACCUCCAGAGAAUAGGACUAGGCGCCAGCUCAUCUAUUCUUACCCUCGAAGCCCAACUGAGACGCUCCACAAUGCGGCUUUGCGGGUUGGCUCUCGCCAAUUUGAAUGAUCAACCGGGCAUGGUCACAGCUGCUGUUGGAAUAUCCAUGUGCGGUGAAUAUAUCCGCGAUCCUGGGGAGCAAAACGCAAUUGAAGGAUUUCUCAACACUCUUGAGCGUGAGCACGCUUGGCCAACCCAGAGUGUCAGACAUGCAUUGCGAGAUGCGUGGGAGGCAACACGGAAGCAGUCAGCUGCAUUUUCAAUCUCAACAGCGUGA